UAAAAACACCGACACUUCUCACGAUUUUUCCAUUCAUUGCACCGUCCUUCUUUCAUAAGAUACACUACUUUUUUAUUAUUUCAUUUUUGAACUGGUUGUCUUCUACCCAUAGAAGGAAUUUUUACUUUUUCUUGCAGAAGAAAUAGCCUGACCUAUCUUGAACAAGCAUGGCAAGCCAACAUAACAAAUCUAGCGUUCCGUUCAGCUCCUUGGCAUUCAACUCUCUUGACCAAGCUGACGAGUUAGACUGUGCUGAUCAUCCAUUCGAGUCGCCAAACAAACCAAACGAAGUAACACAACUUUGCGCAAAUGAGGAUCCUAACAACUCAAGCACCGAGCUGGACUCAGACACUGAUUACGAAUCAGACGCCGAUUCGAUUCCAAAAACGAACAAUUUUGGCCGCAGAAAAACAGAUUUUGAAAGCCAAUCAUCACACUCAGAUAAUCGUUCUUGCGAAGAAAAGAUUUUUCACAAGGACUCGUCUUUUGAUAAUUGGAAGAAUGCGAUAGAACAGAAAAGUCCAAGUGUUGCCCCUGAAAUCAGUUGGUGGACCACACUUCUCACCUGGUUUACGCCAUACAGACAGUUAUUUGUCUUAACCUUUGGUUUCAACUUCGCCGGAGCUGUGUCUGUUCUGUCAGGAUAUUGGCCAUGGGCUUUUAGACACUUGACACCCAUGGUGGUGGGGAAUGUGCUAUUUGCCAUCGGCAUACGCAGCGAAUGGGUCCUCCGUUUUCUAUAUUGGUUCGCUAUCAAGACAUUUCGUCCAAGGCUCUUUCCACUUUGGCUGAGAGUUAAUGUUGUGGGUAUUCUUUAUCAUAUCGGGGGUGUCCACAGCGGAUGCGGCCUUUCAGCCCUGCUUUGGCUCAGUGUGGCUUCAAGCGCUUAUUUUCAGAAUGCAUCUCAGCACAGUAUCAUCACGUUGAUUUCCUUGGGGAUCUGUCAGGCUUGUUUGUAUCUUACUUGCUUGUCAGCCUUUCCUUUUGUACGCGGGCGCCAUCACAAUUUGUUUGAGAUCAUUCACCGUUUUGUAGGCUGGAUUGGAAUUGUAUCCACAAUAACGUUCGUGAUUGUAGAAUCUCUGUGGGACGUGGCGGAACAUCGCUGGGAUUCAAGCGCCUCACGGCUAAUCACAAAACCUGAGCUGUGGUUUUUGACAGUGAUAGUCAUCAUAAUUCUUUUUUCAUGGAUCACACUUUCCAAAGUUCCGGUAACGGUUUAUACGAGCUCAGACAAAGCGUCUGUUAUCCGAGUGCCCGGCGGUUUGACGUCUGGACUGCAUACACGGAUAUCGGUGGGUGGCUUACGUGAAUGGCACAUCUUUGGAUCAAUUAGCGAGGGGAAACAUGCCAAGUAUCAUUAUAUUGUAGCUGCAGUGCAGGGCGAAUUCACAAAAAUGUUGAACGUCGAAAAGCCGGCUACGCUAUAUACCAAACGUUGGAAGCCAUGUGGUCUGCCUUAUUUUUCUAGACUUUUCAAACGUGGAGUAGCCAUUUGUACAGGCUCUGGGAUCGGAGCGGUUGCCUCAACAUGCAUACAACACGACACUUGGUUCCUGAUCUGGAUUGGUCCCAAUUUGGAAAGCACCUAUGGAAAGGAAAUUAUGCAACUGAUCCAUGAGAAGAUUCCAGAGAACCGUCGGUUAAUAUGGGAUACACGGGGGCCAUUGGGCCGUCCGGAUGUUGUAAGGCUACUGAAAGAAACUCACCAGUACUGGGAGGCUGAAGUAACAUUGUUUGUCGGAAGUCCGGAGAUGAACAGCAAUGUCUUGCAGAGCAGUAGAGCCCUCAAUAUACCAGCAUUUGGUUCUAUCUGGGACGCGUGAGGUGAUUCUCUGUUUUCAAAGAUUGGUUGGCCUUACCAGCAACUUUGACAUAAAAGAUUGGAGCAGCCGCAGAAGAAGAUGAUGCUUGAAUAGACCCCUUUUUUAAGCUCUCAUCAAAGGUAAAAUCAC